AUGUAUCAUGGAGACGGCUCGUCCAUUUCUGAUAACAAGUCUAUUGCAUUGCAAUUGUCCAAUAUUAACGAGCAAGAUCAGGGUAUGGCAAAGAACGCAAAGUCUGAUCAACAUCUGAAUGUAUUCUGUAGGCCGAGCCCGACACAGGCGCUCCCCGCAAUAGAUCACUCGUACAACCAACGCACGUGGAAUCGCUCAUUUCCUUAUUCUCAUUGUGCUGUUCGAAACAAACAAUCAGCAUGCCACUAUGGGACCGAAUCUGCUAAAAAGCAGCAACUGCUUGGCGAUAAGACUAAUACCUCAUCGGAUGAUGGGGAAUUAUUUGAGGCCGUAGUUGAGUCUCGAAUCCAUGGCUCAGGUCAGCCAGCGCCUUUGGUUUUGCAAAGCUUAACAGUAGCAACCACACAACGCUUGGCAUCUUCAAUAAGAUCUGGAGCCAUGAGAUUUUUGUUCCUUUAUAUCGAUGUUACCAUUGAUAACAAUUGA